CUUGCGGGAGGGAGCCGGAGUCCGUCCAACUUGGUUCGAGCGACACACAACGGAGAGGGAGAGCGAGAAAGACCGGGAAGGAAGCGGAGCGGCCGCUCUGGAAGGGCGACGUCGGCGGCAUCUGCUGGGAUUACUCUCCGGCGCCUAGGUUGGCUACGGCGGGGAAAGAUUUGACUAUGGAGGUGAAACCAUGAAGAAGUAACAGAAAGAAUAAUAAUGUUUUUCCGAAAUCGUUUUCUGUUGUUGUUGGCCUUGGCAGCCUUAUUAGCUUUUCUGAGCCUUAGCCUACAAUUCUGUAAACAUUCAGAAAAAAAGUCCAGGCUGAACCGAAAUCUUGGUCCGCGAGCUCUUUCCAUCCUAGUUGUAAUUUUAAAGCAAAAAACAAAUUGGGAGAUGGAUUUGCUUUUUUUUCUAAUUUCAGUACACUUGAUCCCUGUUAACCCAGUCAAAGAAGAUGGGUUGAACUCCAAGAAUCGAAAAAGGAUAAUGCCUGAUCCUUUGACUGAGCCCCUUCCUAUAGAUCCCAUUUCUGAAGCUCAGUUUUAUUGUAACAUUCCCAGCAUACCUGAACGUAGUAUGGAAGGUCAUGCACCACAUUAUUUUAAACUGGUGUCUGUUCACGUACUGAUUCGUCAUGGGGAUCGAUACCCUCUUUAUGCCAUUCCCAAAACAAAAAGGCCAAAUAUUGACUGUACAUUAGUGCCUAAUAGAAAGCCUUCCCACUCUCAGCUGGAAGCUUUUAUUGGCCAUAUGUCUAAACUCGGAUCAGAAGCCAAAAUGGAUAGCACUCUGAGCAGCAUGCCUCAUUACCCCAGCCAUUUACUAUGUGAAAUGGGAGAGCUGACACAGACAGGGGUUGUACAGCAUUUGCAAAAUGGACGACUACUACAGGAUAUUUAUAUAAAGAAGCAUAAUUUGUUACCAAGUGACUGGUCAGCAAAACACUUAUAUUUGGAAACCACAGGAAAGAGUCGAACACUGCAGAGUGGACUGGCAUUAUUGUAUGCCUUCCUGCCAGAUUUUGAUGGGAAUAAAAUUAAUUUUAGGCACCAGUGGAGUGCCAUUUAUUGUUCUGGAAGCUGUGUUUGCCCAAUAAGAAACCACUAUCUCGGAGAGGAUCAACGUCGACAGUAUAGUCUACGCGUGACAAACAUCCUCUUGGAAAAAACAUACGCAGAUAUGGCAAAAAUACUUGGUAUCCCCACAAAACAACUGAGGGCUUCCAACCCUAUAGAUUCUCUGUUGUGCCAUUUUUGCCAUAAUGUCAGCUUCCCAUGUACUAAGAAUGGCUGCAUUACCAUGGAGCACUUUAAAGUAAUUAAAAUGCAUCAACUUGAAGAUGAAAAAGACAGGCAGGAGAAGAAAUAUUAUUAUUUGUAUGCACUACUGGCAACUCAUCCUCUUCUUAACCAGACUGUGAAUCGUAUGCAGCGUAUUGCAGAAGGCAAGGGGGGAGAAUUAUUUGUACUGUACUCUGCUCAUGAUGUUACCUUGUCACCUGUCCUUAGUGCUUUAGGCAUUACUGAGGCCAGGUUUCCAAGAUUUGCAGCUAGAUUAGUCUUUGAGCUGUGGAAAGAUGGGAAAAAGAACAAAGAACACUUCAUUCGUAUCCUUUAUAAUGGUGUUGAUGUCUCAUCUCAGACUUCCUUCUGCCGGGAUUAUAACCAGCGUUAUAACAUGCCAAUGUGCCCUUUAGAGAAAUUUGUUCACUUUGUUAAGCAGGACAUGUUCUCACCUUUUAACACCACCAAUUAUUAUGAUGCGUGUCGCAGGAGACUCUUCUAAAAGAGGACAUUUUGUCAUGUCAGAAAGUUUGUCUCUGAGGAAUUGAUACUGUCAGAUCCUUGUGUGCCUAAGUGCAAAUGAAGAAAGCUUGAAAUGGUUUUAGUUUUGCCAAACUCAGUGAUUUAAAGUAGAAAAAACAAAUGUCGAAUGCCCAUCACAAGAUCUGUGUGCUUUCUGGUCAACUUGAUUUGUCUGCAAGCUGCUGUAAUAUGGAUAUUGCUUGAAGAACUAAGUGUGAUUCCUUUAUAUUCUGCUUCAAAGGUGGAACAAACAGAAAAUGCUCAAAUACCUGGAAUAAUAAACAAGUAUUUCUCCAUUUUUAUAAAACUAAAGUAUUCCUGAAGUUGGAAUCCUGUGAAGUCAUAGGGCAUACAUUUUUGGAGAUACAUGAAUACAAAUGUAUAGAUUUGUUUGCACAUACAGCUCUGUAGCAUAUCACCUAUAACUACUAUGAGGAAAAUAUAAUGGAGGCCCCAUGUUGACAACAUGAUUUCUACUGAGAAGUAUUACUAUACAGUGAGAAUGAUGUGAGAGCUGUAAUGUUUACCAGUGAUUUUUUUAUGUAGAUGGGUUGCAUAUUAAGGGAAGCCUACUCUCCAACAUGCUGUGACUUUCUGUGAGGGACCAUCAUAAUUGAACGAAACUUGUGCAUAAUCAGUACAGGCUGAUCCAUGUGGGAAGCAAUUUAAAAGCAGUGCAGCCUGUUCCCCCAGGUUGGCAGGGACCAAACUGUACCAUAUCACACACAUAGUAAACCCCCAGGACAGGUGGAAAUAGAAGUUCUGUUCUUUGCACUUUUAGCACUUUAUGUGUACUUUGAAUACAAAUGACAAAUUUUUGUGCCAGAUGCUGGAAAAGGAACAACUACAUUCAGAGUCAUUAUAUGGGAAAUGGAAAACUUUACAUCAGACUUUUAAUACAUUACUUUUAGAAUCUUUGUUUACUUAUACGUUAAAAUCAAUGUGCUGUGAUGAAAAGCAGUGUGUUUAGCAGUUGGUUGUAAUGGCUGCAUGUAGCCAAAAAAGAAUUUGACUUAAUGCUUGAUUUUGUAGUUCAUUUAGUACUUUUAUAGACUAGGAAGACAUUUUAUAAGCUUGGUCUUGUUUUUUUAUUGUAUGAAACUGUUUUUUACCUUCUUUGUAAAAGGGACUUCAAAAGCUGUUUUCAAACAUUGUCCUUUAAUCGCAGUAAACAGAUUUAUGAAUAAAUUGUCAUGAACAGUCUUAUCUUGAUAAACUAUUAAGAUGUCACAACCCCAUUUUUAAACAUUUGUGUCAUAUGGGAUUUUUUUUAGUCAACUUGAAAAACCUUUUCUUUAUUUGUGGAAUGCUAAAUUUUAUAAUCUUGGAGUUUUUAAUAUGCUAGAAGCCCUAAUUUAGUGUGGGGUAUGUGUUGAAACAGUAAUAGAAAUUCAAAGGAGCUGUAAUUUAAUUUGUGAUUCUGACUUUAUUGGCAUGUUAGACGCCUUUGAAAUGGUGCAUUUGAAUGUCGCUAUAAAUAAAAUUUGAAAGAAUU